AUGAGAAACAAGCAGAGCGCUUCACGAACUGGCGAUCAUAUAAGUGUGUCGGGUGAUAAUGACAUGCACAUUGUCCCUUGUAUUGUUGAUCAGUGGAUGUUGCUUGACUCUCUGUUGGUCGAUCAUUUCGCGCUGCUGCUCAGUAACAUUCGUAUCCUGACCGCUUGUAUGCUUUGCACCUUGAAGAUGGCUCCUUCAUUGGUGGUUUGGGUGAGCGGCUAA